AUGUUUAGCGUUGCUAGGGGAUUGUGGAAACGUAGUCUCCCAGUUGGGAGACAGCUGUGCAGAUCAUUAUCGCUACAACAGUAUACAUGUAGGAAUAAUCAGAUUCCAAUUUCGACAGGGAUGUUGAUGAAUAUUGGUAGGACGGGUAGUUCAAGGUUGAAUAUAGUUGUUCCCGAUACAUGGAAGGUAUCAAUUGAUAUGAAGGAGGGAGUUUUAAAGGAGUUGGAACAGGAGGAAAUGCAUAUGGACAGUGUGAUGAGGAAGAGAAGGACUAAGAUGAAGAAACAUAAGUUAAGGAAGAGAAGGAAGAAGCAGAGAGCUGAACGUAGGAAGUUGUCCCAGGGUAAGUAA